AUGGCUCGCCUAAAUCCUCUUUCUUUCACCCCAGGCCCAGUCAUUUUCUUCACAUGUGCAGUGUACAUCGCUCUCUUUGCUGCCCUGCUAACGGUUCAUCUGCGGGUACCCGAUUACCCAUCCAAGACACCAGAUGGGGUGAAUUUGACGCAGGCCUGGAGCGACUUGGAGAAGAUCACUAGGCGAUUUCAUCCAUACAACAGUCACGCAAAUGAUGACGUCCGAGACUAUCUUCUCACGCGCGUCAAAAGCAUUAUCGCAUCGAAAAAGCUUGGAGGUGAUCAGGUUGAACUAAUAGAUGACAACGAGUCCAACGCUACAUUCUCAUCUGGCAGCACGACCGUCUACUUUGAGGGCACCAACAUUAUUGUGGCCAUCCGCGGAUCUGAAGACGAUGAGCCAUACCACUCACCACAGAGCUCCCCACCAGGAGAGCGACGAUUGGAUAAUGGCGGUGUGCUUGUUAAUGCUCACUACGAUUCCGUCAGCAGUGGCUAUGGAGCGACUGAUGAUGGCGUUGGCGUGGUCACCGUGUUGCAGCUCUUGUCCUACUUUACCGAAUCGAAGAAUUGGCCGAAGCGCACAGUGAUCUUGCUUUUGAACAAUGGCGAAGAGGACUUCCUGAACGGUGCUAAAGCUUUCAUGCGCCACCCAAUCUCGCAGAUCGCCCAUACUUUCGUCAAUCUCGAGGGUGCUGGAGCAGGCGGAAGGGCCACCAUGUUCAGGAGCACUGAUACUGAAGUCACUCGCUACUACAAGGCUUCGAGUCACCCAUUUGCAUCUGUUGUAAGCGGUGAUGGGUUCAAGAAGCGUUUGAUCCGAAGCGAGACCGACUACAAAGUCUUCUACGAGGAGCUAGGACUACGCGGCCUAGACAUUGCUUUCAUGGAGCCAAGAGCACGUUAUCACACUGUCGAGGAUUCGACACGCGAGACUUCGCUCAAUUCGGUUUGGCACAUGUUGUCUGCAGCUAUCGCCACGACUUCAGGUCUCGCAUCCGACACUAGCGAGCAGUUCAGCGGUAGCGAGGACGAGCACGAACCAUAUACCGGCAAAGUGAAAACUGGACAUGGCACCGAUGCAGUUUGGUUUGACCUAUUCGGCAAGGUGUUCGUCGUUUUCCAGCUACAUACCAUGUUCGCAUUGUGCGUGACUCUUCUGGUCGUUGCACCUCUAUUUCUCAUUGGCCUCACCUUCGGAUUGUCGAAAGCUGACAAGAACUAUUUGUUUGCACGAAAAGCAUACAUGUACUCAUCUGACGAUGACCAUCCUGUUCAUCUGUAUGGCUGGAGGGGAUUCUUCCGCUUCCCAAUCGUCUUUUCCAUCGCCACCGCUGUGGUCGUUGGACUGGCAUACCUUAUGGUCCGGUUGAAUCCACUGAUCUUGUACAGCAGCCCUUAUGCUGUGUGGAGUAUGAUGCUUUCUGCAUGGUUCUCCGUUGCAUGGUUCUUCUCCCGUGGCGCCAGCGCCAUGCGGCCCUCUGCGCUUCAGCGCAUGUACGCUCUCAUCUGGUUAUUUGCUGGGUCUUUUGCCCUUCUAGCUUUCGUCACCGUGCUAUCCAACAACUACCAGGUUGCUGGUGGCUACUUCGCGCUGUUUUACUUUGCGGGCAUUUUCCUCGCACUUGUCUUGUCAUAUCUAGAGCUGUUCUUCGCACCAACCAAAACAGCGUUCGCCCGCUACUCUGCCCAGGGAGACGAGCCCGUUAGCCGCCCGCUGACAGGCACGACAACCGCCGCGCGUUCUGAAGAACCACCAAUCGCGGACGAUGACGCAACGGAAACAACCUCACUUCUUCGGGGCGACCGACGGAGCUUUGCACGACACAGCGGCCGGCGAGACUCUAUCGACGAUGAAAAUGGCAACCGAGACGAAGAGCCCGUUCAACUCGACCUGAAGCAACCCUAUCCCGGCGAACAAGAUUGGAGCGGCAAAUUGCCUGGCUGGCUCUGGCUUCUCCAGCUUUUGCUCGUGGCGCCGAUCGUGGUCAUCCUUGUUGGGCAGAUCGCCCUACUUCUGACAUCCGCGCUGCACCAGACACCUGCGGAUGGCAACUCGAGCCUAUUCGUCUAUUUGGCGUUCGCGCUGCUAACGACGCUUCUGCUAGCACCAAUAGGACCCUUCAUACAUCGGUUCACCUGGCACGUACCAACCUUUGUCUUCCUCGUCUGCGUCGCAACUGUCAUAUACAAUCUCGUCGCAUUCCCUUUCAGCAGGGAACAUCGCUUGAAAGUGUACUUCGUCCAGCAGGUGGACCUCGCCACGGGGAAUAACAGAGUAUCCUUGACAGGUGUCGAUGGAUACGUCCAGCGCAUUGUUGCAGAUCUGCCCAGCGCACAGGGCGAGCAGAUCAACUGCACAACUCCAGAAGCUGCAAACCGCAAGGAACUUAUGACGUGCACUUGGCCAGGAUUGCCUGCCCAGGUAGUGACCCGGGCCAGUCGCUUCAGUAACAAAACUGACACAGAUGGGUGGCUUGACUUUUCAAUCACCACAAGCAACAAGACGAACGAAGCCACCAUCAGUGUCGCAGGUCAGAACACGCGAGCCUGUCGCAUUGUGGUCGACUCACACCACUCUGGGGUCACGAAUGUGACGGUUGCCGGCGCCGUUUCAGAUCCCCGCUUUAAAGCCGUCGGCGAAACGGGAUCCCGGGAAAUACGCCUAUGGCACCGAGAGUGGAGCCAUCCCUGGAACGUUAGCGUGACAUGGCCUAGGGAGAAUUCGAAGCCUUCUGGAAGAAUAAUUUGUCUAUGGUCGGACGCAAAUGCGGGCGACAUCCCUGCAUUUGACGAGGUCCAACAUUAUCUGCCCGUGUGGGCGAUCCCGUCGAAGAUCAGUGACGGCCUUGUCGAAGGCUUUAAGUAUUUCCAGGUGUGA